AUGGAAUUCCCUAUUGGGUCCCUGGAAACUGCCAACUUCCGGCGGUUCACUCCAGAGUCACUGGCGGAGAUUGAGAAGCAAAUUGCUGCCUAUCGGGCAGGAAAGAAAGUCAGAGAUAAACACAGGAAGCAGAAGGACCAAGAAGAGAAACCUCGGCCCCAGCUGGAUUUGAAGGCCUGCAAUCAGCUGCCCAAAUUCUAUGGUGAGCUCCCAGCGGAACUGGUCGGGGAGCCCCUGGAGGAUCUAGACCCCUUCUACAGAACACACCGGACCUUUAUGGUGCUGAACAAGGGGAGGACCAUUUCUCGGUUUAGUGCCACUCGGGCUCUAUGGCUAUUCAGUCCCUUCAACCUCAUCAGAAGAACGGCCAUCAAAGUGUCUGUCCACUCGUGGUUCACUUUAUUUAUCACCUUCACUAUUGUGGCCAAUUGUGUGUGCAUGACUCAAAGUGACCUUCCAGAGAAAAUUGAGAAUGUCUUCACUGUUAUUUACACGUUCGAAGCUUUGAUAAAGAUAUUGGCAAGAGGGUUUUGUCUGAAUGAGUUCACCUACCUGAGAGAUCCCUGGAACUGGCUGGACUUUAGUGUCAUUACCCUAGCAUACAUUGGCACAUCAACAGAACUGAAAGGAUUCUCAGGGUUGAGGACAUUCCGAGUUCUCAGAGCUUUAAAAACAGUUUCUGUGAUCCCAGGGCUGAAGGUCAUUGUAGGGGCACUGAUCCACUCGGUGAGGAAGCUGGCUGACGUGACCAUUCUCACUGUCUUCUGCCUGAGCGUCUUUGCCUUGGUGGGCCUGCAGCUCUUCAAGGGAAACCUCAAGAACAAGUGCGUCAGGAAUGGCACAACUCCCCAGGAGGCUGCCAACUGUUCAUCUAGAACCUGUGAGCUUUCGUUUUCCCCUUUUUUGGCAGAUGAGUGGGCUAUUAAGCCAGGCACUUCGGAUCCCUUGCUGUGUGGCCAUGGAGCUGGUGCAGGCCUGUGCCCUGAUGGUUAUGCCUGCCUCAAAACUUGUGAAAACCCAGAUUUUAACUACACCAGCUUUGAUUCCUUUGCUUGGGCUUUCCUCUCCCUGUUCCGCCUCAUGACGCAGGAUUCCUGGGAACGCCUCUACCAGCAGACCCUCAGGGCUUCUGGGAAAAUGUAUAUGGUCUUUUUCGUGAUUGUCAUCUUCCUGGGAUCUUUCUACCUGGUCAACUUGAUCCUGGCUGUGGUCACCAUGGCAUAUGAAGAACAGAACCAGGCAACCAUUGCUGAAAUUGAAGAAAAGGAAAAGAAGUUCCAGGAGGCCCUUGAGAUGUGCCGGAAGGAACAAGAGGUGCUGGCGGCGCUGGGGAUUGACACAGCCUCUCUGCUGUCCCACAAUGGGUCUCCGUUAGCCUCCAAAAAUGCCAAUGAAAGAAGGCACAGAAGGAAGUCAAGAGUGUCAGAGGGCUCCACCGAGGACAACAAGUCACUCCAGUCAGAGUCUUUCAACCAGCGCAGGAUGUCUUUCCUAGGUCUUCCUUCUGGGAGACGCCGGGCCAGCCAUGGUAGUGUGUUCCACUUCCGAGCCCCUGGCCAAGAUGUCUCAUACCCUGAUGGAAUCACAGAUGAUGGAGUCUUUCAUGGGGACCAUGAAAGCCGUCGGGGCUCCCUGCUGCUGGGCAGGGGUUCUGGGCAGCAAGGUCCCCUCCCCAGGAGCCCAUUGCCUCAGCUCCCCAACCCUGGCUCCUGGCAUGGAGAAGAGGGGCACAGCACACGGCCCACUAUGGAGCUUCCCCCUGGAGCCACUGAAGUCUCGGCAUUUGAUGCAGGACAGAAGAAGGCUUUCUUGUCAGCAGAAUACUUGAAUGAACCCUUCCGAGCCCAGAGAGCCAUGAGUGUUGUCAGUGUCAUGACCUCUGUCAUUGAGGAACUUGAGGAGUCAGAACAGAGGUGCCCACCCUGCUUGACCAGUUUGGCUCAGAAGUAUCUGAUCUGGGAGUGCUGCCCCACGUGGGUAAAGCUCAAGGCAGUUCUCUUCGAGCUGGUGACAGACCCCUUCGCAGAGCUCACCAUCACCCUGUGCAUCGUGGUGAAUACAGUCUUCAUGGCCAUGGAGCACCACGGCAUGAGCUCCACCUUCGAAUCCAUGCUGCAGAGUGGCAACAUCGUCUUUACCAUAUUUUUUACUGCUGAGAUGGUCUUCAAAAUCAUUGCCUUCGACCCCUACUAUUACUUCCAGAGGAAGUGGAAUAUCUUUGACUGCAUCAUCGUCACUGUGAGCCUGCUGGAGCUGAGCAUGGUCAAGAAAGGAAGCCUGUCUGUGCUUCGGACCUUCCGCUUGCUGCGGGUCUUCAAACUGGCCAAGUCCUGGCCCACCCUGAACAUACUCAUUAAGAUCAUCGGCAAUUCGGUGGGGGCUCUGGGGAACCUGACCAUCAUCCUGGCCAUCAUCGUCUUCAUCUUCGCUCUGGUCGGCAAGCAGCUCCUUGGGGAGGCCUACUGGAGCCACCGGGAGAGGCUGACAUUGCCGGGUGACGAGCAGCCCCGCUGGCACAUGCAUGACUUCUACCACUCCUUCCUCAUCGUCUUCCGGAUCCUCUGUGGAGAGUGGAUUGAGAACAUGUGGGCCUGCAUGGAAGUCAGUGAGAAACCCGUAUGCCUCAUCCUUUUCCUGACCGUGAUGGUGCUGGGGAACCUGGUGGUGCUCAACCUGUUCAUCGCCCUGCUGCUGAACUCCUUCAGUGCUGACAACCUCACACCAUCUGAGGAUGACGGGGAGGUGAACAACCUGCAGGUGGCCCUGGCUCGCCUCCAGGUGUUUGGCCACCAAGCCAGGCAGGCCCUUUGCAGCUUCUUCCGCAGGCCCUGCCUGCUUGCCAGGCCCAAGGUGGAGUCGCAGCUGGCAGCAAAACCCCCAUUAUCCAGCUCCAAAGCCGAGAACCACAUUGCUUUGGAGGCUGCCUCAGCGAGCUCCAGAGCACUGCCCCCUCUCAGUGGGCCCAGAGAUGAGCACAGUGACUUUAUCACCAAUCCUAACUUAUGGGUCUCAGUGCCCAUUGCGGAGGGUGAAUCUGAUCUGGAUGACUCAGAGGGUGAUGGAGAACAGGAGCAGCAAGUGACCCCAGAAGGACAGGAGCAACUGCAGCAAGCUGGGAGGUGUGAGGACCACCUGACACCCAGGAGCCCAAACUCUGGGACAUCCUCUGAGGACCUGGCUCCAUUCCUGGGUGAGAAGUGGAAAGGUGACCAGGGUCCUCCCCCAGUUCCCACAGAGGGAGUGGAUGACACGAGCUCCUCUGAGGGCAGCACGGUGGACUGCCCCGAUCCUGAGGAGAUCCUGAGGAAGAUCCCAGAGCUGGCGGAUGACCUGGAAGAACCUGAUGACUGCUUCACAGAAGGAUGCCUUCGCCACUGUCCCUGUUGCAAAGUGGAUAUCACCACAUUUCCGUGGGCCAUGGGCUGGCAGUUGCGGAAGACCUGCUACCGCAUCGUGGAACACAGCUGGUUUGAAAGCUUUAUCAUCUUCAUGAUUCUGCUCAGCAGUGGGUCUCUGGCCUUUGAAGACUGCUACUUGGACCAGAAGCCCACAGUGAAGGCAUUGCUGGAGUACAUGGACAGGGUGUUCACCUUUAUCUUUGUGUUCGAGAUGCUGCUCAAGUGGGUGGCCUAUGGCUUCAAAAGGUACUUCACCAACGCCUGGUGCUGGCUGGACUUCCUCAUUGUGAAUAUCUCACUGAUAACCCUCCUGGCGAAGAUCCUGAAAUAUGCUGAUAUGACAUCCAUCAAAGCCCUCCGAACGCUCCGUGCCCUGCGGCCCCUGAGGGCUCUGUCUCGAUUCGAAGGCAUGAGGGUGGUGGUGGAUGCCCUGGUGGGCGCCAUCCCAUCCAUCGUGAACGUCCUCCUCGUCUGCAUCAUCUUCUGGCUCAUCUUCAGCAUCAUGGGUGUGAACCUCUUUGCGGGGAAGUUUUGGAGGUGCAUCGAGCAGACCGACAAAGGAUUUGAUCUUGUGAAUUGGACAGUUGUGAAUAACAUGUCUGAAUGUGAGAAUCAAAACUAUACUGGCCACCUCUUCUGGGUCAAUGUGAAAGUCAACUUUGAUAAUGUUAUGAUGGGUUACCUCGCACUUCUUCAGGUGGCAACCUUUAAAGGCUGGAUGGACAUUAUGUAUGCAGCCGUCGAUUCCCGAGAAGUCAACAGUCAGCCCAAGUGGGAGGACAACGUGUACAUGUACAUGUACUUCGUCAUCUUCAUCAUUUUUGGUGGCUUCUUCACACUGAAUCUCUUUGUUGGGGUCAUAAUUGACAACUUCAAUCAACAGAAAAAAAAGUUAGGGGGCCAGGACAUCUUCAUGACAGAGGAGCAGAAGAAAUACUACAAUGCCAUGAAGAAGCUGGGCUCCAAGAAGCCCCAGAAGCCCAUCCCACGGCCCCUGAACAAGUACCAGGGCUUUGUCUUUGACAUUGUGACCCGGCAAGCUUUUGACAUCAGCAUCAUGGUCCUCAUUUGCCUCAACAUGAUCACCAUGAUGGUGGAGACGGAUGACCAGAAUGAAGAAAAGACAAAAAUUCUAGGCAAAAUCAACCAGUUCUUCGUGGCUGUCUUCACUGGCGAGUGUGUUAUGAAGAUGUUCGCCCUAAGGCAUUACUACUUCACCAAUGGCUGGAACGUGUUCGACUUCAUUGUGGUGCUCCUCUCCAUCGGGAGUUUGAUAUUUUCUGCAAUUCUUAAAUCAGUUGAAAGUUACUUCUCCCCGACCCUCUUCCGAGUCAUCCGCCUGGCCCGAAUCGGCCGCAUCCUCCGACUGAUCCGCGCAGCCAAGGGGAUCCGCACGCUGCUCUUUGCCCUCAUGAUGUCCCUGCCCGCCCUCUUCAACAUUGGGCUGCUGCUCUUCCUCGUCAUGUUCAUCUACUCCAUCUUUGGCAUGGCCAGCUUUCCCCAUGUGAAGGAGGAAGCUGGCAUCGACGACAUGUUCAACUUCAAGACCUUUGCCAACAGCAUGCUGUGCCUCUUCCAGAUCACCACAUCGGCUGGCUGGGAUGCCCUCCUCAGCCCCAUCCUCAACACGGGGCCACCCUACUGCAAUAGCACAAGAGGAGACUGUGGGAGCCCAGCCGUGGGCAUCUUCUUCUUCACCACCUACAUCAUCAUCUCCUUCCUCAUUGUGGUCAACAUGUACAUUGCAGUGAUUCUGGAGAAUUUCAAUGUAGCCACAGAGGAGAGCACUGAGCCCCUGAGUGAGGAUGAUUUUGACAUGUUCUAUGAGACUUGGGAGAAGUUUGAUCCAGAGGCCACCCAGUUCAUUACCUUCUCUGCUCUCUCAGACUUUGCAGACACGCUCUCUGGCCCUCUGCGAAUCCCAAAACCAAAUCAGACUAUAUUAAUCCAGAUGGACCUGCCCUUGGUCCCCGGAGAUAAGAUCCACUGUCUGGACAUCCUUUUUGCUUUCACCAAGAAAGUGCUGGGAGAAUCUGGUGAGUUGGACACUCUGAAGGCAAAUAUGGAAGAGAAGUUUAUGGCAACUAGUCUUUCAAAGGCCUCCUAUGAGCCAAUAGCAACCACCCUCCGGUGGAAGCAAGAAGACAUUUCAGCCACUGUCAUUCAAAAGGCCUACCGGAGUUAUAUGCAGCAUCGCUCCUCGGCACUCUCCAACUCCUCUGGUGUGCCCAGGGCUGAGGAGGAGGUUGAGUCACUCCCAAAUGAAGGUUUUGUUACAUUCAUGGCAAAUGAAAAUUAUGUGCUCCCAGAUAAAUCUCAAACUGCAUCUGCCACAUCUUUCCCACCAUCCUAUGACAGUGUCACUAGAGGCCUUAAUGAUAGAGCCAACAUGAGCACAUCCAGCUCAAUCCAAAAUGAAGAUGAAGCCAUGAGUAAGGAGGCUACUGACGCUGGACCCCAGUGAGGAUACGCCAGCAUGGAUGUGUCCAGUUCUGCCGUGUCCAGUUCUGCUGUGGUAACUGUUUCUCACUACAGGUGGAACCCAGCUACAAGCUCAUCAAUGCAUGCCACUGGCCAUAAUGUCAGAACUGGGCAGAUAAUGUAGUUGGUGCCCACUUUUGAAAAGAUCCUCAUGUAAAUGGGAUUCAGAAGCCAAGAAUAUGUCCACUUUGACUUCCCUUCUGAAUCUGAAUAGCAAAUGCCGAGUUCUCUUACUUUCCAGAGAAUGCCACUGGUCCCUUUAUUUUGAUUGAGACCAGAGAUUUUAUUUGCCAAGAAAAAUUCUCAGGACCAGAACUUCCAAAGAUAUAUGGCAAGAACAUUGCUGAAAGCCUAAGGUGUUAUUGUUUGAAAUACUGCAGAGAGAGAGAGAGAGAGAGGUGAUGUUAUUUAGGAUUUUGCAUGAUUGCAUGCUGAGAGCAGCUGGACAACUUCUCCAGCCCAAGGUAACAUCUGUCCUCUGUCAUACAGCACCUUGGAGAUAUCCAUUAAAGUUAAUAUUUUUAAAGGUA